CCUCUCCCUCCAUUUCUCUUUCUUAACCACCCUUCUUCCUUCGCUUAGACAGAGAAAGGAAAAGGGGACACUCGCUGGGAUGAUCCGUUGGGUGAACAGCUCUCUGCUGGGGGCUACGUACGAGGACAUGGUGGUGUUUGAGUGUGUGACGAUGGCCAACGAAGGCUGUCGCUGCCUUGAGGACUGCUAUGGCGAAGCCAUGAGGGACUGUGUUUUUCAGCAUGGCACUGCCAGUAACUCAAACAGGAGCACACCCGCUUGCUCGCCAGUCCUGCGCAAACGCUCACGCUCUCCCACACCACAGAGCCAGGAGGGUGAGAACAUGGUGGAGAAGGGCUCGGACCACUCCUCUGACAAGUCCCCCUCCACACCUGAGCAGGUCGUCCAGAGAACCUACUCCCUGCAGUCGGCACGAAGCGGGGGAAAGAACUCAAAGUCUCACAAGCGACUUUCCAAAUAUGACAGACUAAACCUGAUUAAAAAGAGCCAAAGCUGGUACAACCAUGAAAGACAACACAUCCUGAGAGUGCUGAGCCCAACAUACAAGCAGCGCAAUGAGGACUUUAGGAAACUCUUCAAGCAGCUCCCUGACACAGAGAGACUCAUUGUGGACUACUCGUGUGCUCUGCAGCGGGACAUCCUCCUGCAGGGUCGACUCUACCUCUCUGAGAACUGGAUCUGUUUCUAUAGCAACAUUUUCCGCUGGGAAACGCUGCUGACAGUGCGGCUAAAGGACAUCUGCUCCAUGACAAAAGAGAAGACAGCCCGUCUCAUUCCCAAUGCCAUCCAGGUCUGCACAGACAGUGAAAAGCAUUUUUUCACCUCGUUUGGAGCCAGGGAUAGGACUUACAUGAUGAUGUUCAGACUGUGGCAGAAUGCACUGCUGGACAAGCCCCUGUGCCCCAAGGAGCUGUGGCACUUUGUCCAUCAGUGUUACGGCAAUGAACUUGGCCUUACCAGCGACGAUGAGGACUAUGUUCCCCCUGAUGAUGACUUCAACACCAUGGGGUUCUGUGAAGAGAUUCCCAACGAAGAGAAUGAGAUCAACAAUGACAACUCAUCAAAGAGUAGCGCGGAGGCCAAGCCCGAGGGGAGCCCUCCUCCCCUGCAUAAAAAAGUCAUUCCCAACAGCACCAUCCCAAGCCCAGCCAACAAUGACACUCCUAUCACCUUUGACCUCCCAUCAGAUGAGUAUGCAGACUGCCUGCCAGAUGGAGAGCUGCUGACCGUGCCACUGGUGGUGGAAGAGAAGAGCAACGAGACCAGCGGACCUGGUGGCCCUGUGCCCUCACCCUCACUUGACUUCAAUGACAACGAAGACAUCCCCACCGAGCUCAGCGACUCCUCUGAGACUCAUGACGAGGGUGAGGUACAAGCUUUCCAUGAUGAUCUUAAUGGCAGACAAUACAUCAACGAGGUAUACAAAUUCAGUGUGGACAAGCUAUAUGACAUCCUCUUCACUGAGUCACAGUUCAUGAGUGACUUCAUGGAGCAGCGUAGAUUCUCAGAUGUGGUGUACCACCCGUGGAAGAAGGAGGAUGCAGGGAACCAGACCAGAGAGAUCAUGUACACCAUCUCUUUGUCCAACCCCCUGGCCCCCAAGACAGCCACAGUCACGGAGACACAGACUCUGUACAAGGCCAGUCAGGAGAGUGAGUGCUACAUCAUUGAUGCUGAGGUCAUCACACAUGACGUGCCCUACCACGACUACUUCUACACCCUGAACCGCUACAUGCUAACCAGGGUGGCCAAGAACAAGUGUCGCUUACGGGUAUCGACAGAGCUGCGCUACAGGAAGCAGCCAUGGGGGCUGGUGAAAGGCUUCAUUGAGAAGAACUUCUGGAGCGGGCUGGACGAAAAUUUCCGCCAUCUUGAAGUGGAGCUGUCCAAGGUGGAGGAGCUGCUGACCGAAUCCCACCGCCCAUCUCCCAAGGCCAAGGUGGUGAAGAACUCGAUGGUGAGGCGGAGGAAGAGGCCCCUCCCACACAUGCGUAGCCAGCAUCUGGACGAGGCACUCAGCCCCGUAACCACGCCAACAGAUGAGGACGUGAUCCAGCGGAUCAAACAAGUGGCAGGCUCCACCCAGACCAGACACCAGAGCCCAGAGCACCAUCACCUGCCUGGAGGCCUGGCUCUUUAUAGUGUCUCCAAACUGCUGCUCAUCAUCAGCUUUGUGAUCUGUCUCAGCCUGGUUCUGCUGGUGUUCCUCAACAUGAUGCUCUUCUACAAGCUGUGGAUGCUGGAGUACUCUGCACAGUCGCUCACCACCUGGCAAGGUCUGCGGCUUCAUGAAAGUAAACUGCCUCAGACGCAGAUGGAGUGGGCCCAGCUCCUGGAGUCGCAGCAGCGUUACCAUGACGCCGAGCUGCAGAAAUGGAGAGAGAUCAUCAAGUCGUCAGUGGUGCUACUAGACCAGAUGAAGGACUCUUUGUUGAACCUCCAGCGGGGCAUUGGCUUAAGGGACUACAGCUCUGAGGCUGAGGAGAAGAGAAGUCGCUAUCACUGACACACCACCACUAGGCCAUGAGGGCAUGCUGUGCAAUACAGGACCUGUUUUGUUUGUGUACCAGUAUGCAGGCAACAGCAAGACAGAGACAGGACAAAGGGGGGAGGCGGGACCAAGAGAGAGCUGGCCCAAUAGCGACCAAGGAGGAACAGUGCAAAAAAGUCCCACCCCUCCAGCUCACAGAGGUCACAACUCUGGAAGAGGAAACCAUGGACAGGAAGUGCCCCUAUCACAGACAGGAACUGAGGUGUCCCCAACAGCACUGAGGCAUUGUGGGAAGAUGCUAAGCCUGCACCUUGACCACACCUGUGUGAUAAUCAUUUCCUUCUCCUCUCUUUUAUCUUGAGUUUAUUUCCAAGGGCAUCCUACUGUAAGCCAUGGCUACGUGGAGAGUGGAAGAGAGAAAGAAGGAAACCUGCUGCAUGCGUUUAGUCAACUUAGCUCCCCUCAGUUAGUGUUAUGUGGUUCAAUUCCUGUCUGUGCGUGUCAAAAAAGAAGAACAGGACAAGAGGAGAGACAGAGACAAAAGAAAGGCGGUCCUUUCGAGUCUUAAAGGCUUUCUACACUCUCUCGACUGUUCCAAACCAAUUGUUCCCCCUAGAGGUCCUCGCUGCAGUGUCCCUUUAAUAAAACACCAGUAGAGUCACAGGUCAUCUGAGUGCACUGCAGUGCCAGGAUCAGUACUGAAGGAUGCACAGCAUAGUACUGUAGGAGGGAGCUCAGUUUCACUAAUCAGUCCCUACUGCCUUGUUUUAGCCGGGCCUGUGUGGUCUCUGUCAGGGCUGGCUCCCUGCAUGGCCUCAGGUCAGGCUGCUGUGUUGAAAUAUUUAUUCUCAUUCACUUAUUGGUUCCACUUUUCAUUGCAGUUUGAAUCUAAAGAUUGUGAAAACCCACUGUUUUCUCUUAGGAUUGUUACCUCAAAGCAAAAACAAACAGACGGGAUACAGAGAUGCUAAGAAAUGAAACCCACUCUUAAGGUUUAUGGGAUCACUGAACAGUAUUUUGAACCUUCUCACACAAAUCGUAGGAAUCUGUUUCUACUGUCUAUUGAUCUCUGUGUCUGUUGCCAUUGCUGCUGAAUCCUGGAACAUCUUAAGUUUGUAUUUCUUUGUAUGCACAGUGUUGAUUCCCUUACAAUGCAUAUUUCCCCACCCUUCCGAAAGAGGAGGAAGUGUUAGCCUUGGAGGAAAAAAGACCAGACUUUGAUCUAAGGUUAUCAGUCCUUGAAAAAGGGAUGCUGCAGCCAGACAAGUAGGGAGACCUAUGUUCUUAUGUUUUAUUACUAAACUGUGACUAUAUCUCUUUAAAAUGUUUCAAAUUAGGAAGAAUUCUAUGAAUAUAUUUGAAAUAUAUACAUAUAUUUCAUUAUUUAAUAUAUAUAUUUCAAAAUAUAUAAACAUGACAUAUAUUUAUUGUUAAUUUAUGUAUAUAGGAAAGUUAUCAGAGCUCUAGACCGGUUCAAGAAUUUCUAACAAAAAGUUUUUUUUCUUCUGAAAUGCAUGCCAGAUAUGUCUGUGACAUGUCUAGUGUGCAAGUGUGAGUGUGCAUUUGUGCAAAUACAUUUGCGCAUGUGUGUGUUUGUGCGCGCGAGUGUGCGGGUGUGUGUAUGCAGGUAUGCAUGCAUACAUGUGUGCUGUCAUGUGUAAAGUGUGACAUUUUUACCAUUCCACACUUGUGUGUUUCUCAAGAUUUCAUUUCUGGCACAUGUAGCCAAACUGCCUUUUUUGAUGCUCAUGCGUUUGGAUGCAGCCUUGCAUUAGCCCCACCAGGCUACAGUUUACAAAUGAAGAGUUUUGUUCCAAAAUGAGGUAUCCAACAUUUGAAAAAAAAAAAAAUCUAAUUAAACCUACUUUUACAACAAGAUAAGUUGCAAAAACUUGACCAUUAAUGGUACAGACAGUUAAAAAAAAAAAAAGUUGCUUAAUUCCUUGACAUA